AUGGUGUACUGCGGUAAGCCCUCGCGGGGCUGCCAGAUGUGCAGAACCCGCAGGAUAAAGUGCGACGAAACCAAGCCCACCUGCAACCAGUGUGCCAAGAGCCGAAGGAUAUGCCCCGGCUACAAGGAUGAGUUCGACUUGGUCUUCCGGAACGAGACCCAGGCCACCGAGAGGAGGGCGAGAAAGGCCAACAAGAAGGCCCUAGAGCAAAAGUACGGCAAGGACGCCGAGUCGAGCGAGAGUUCCGCGUCAUCAUCUUCUCCGGCCUCCUCCACCGACACUUGGAUUAUUCCAGCCUCGCCCCAAGUGCCCCUCGAGGAUCAAGCAGCCUGUCAUUUCGUCUCAAAUUAUGUCCUCGUGCCGCCUCAGGGGAGCGUCAGAGGCUACAUGGAGUUUCUGAUCCCGCUUAUGAAGCUGGGCAAUAUACCCCCGCACUUCAGAUAUGCCUUUGACGCGUGUGCUCUGGCCUCCCUCAACAACCGCGUCGGCACCGGCAACGACUUCGAAAAGGAGGCACUGGGAAAGUACACAAAGGCUCUAUCGGCCACCUUCGCCGCCAUUCGAGAUCCCGAGGUUGCCAAGCAAGACACGACGCUGGCAUCGGUGCUGCUGCUAGGCUUGUUUGAGAAUAUCACGGCCAGACAGUUGGGGAUGCUCGCCUGGGGAUCACACAUCGAAGGCGCAAUCCAGCUGGCGAGGGCCAGGGGUCGCAAGCAACUGAGGACCAAGGUUGGCUUGGCAAUGUUUAUCGCCGUGCGAACACAGAUGAUUAUCCACAGCCUGACUACUUCCAAGAGCCCCGUCAUGGGUGCCGAUUGGUGGAUGAAUGACACUGUCCGGGACGAGCACGCGUCUGAUUGCCAGCGACUAAACAUCAUCAUCGGAGAGCUCCGGGCGGAGACUAACCGACUCCUAACAACGCCUACUCGGUCUCCCGACCACGUCGAGAAAGUGAUGGACAUGAUUAAGCGAUGUCAGGCCCACGAUUUGGCAUGCGCAAACUGGUCCAAGAAUCUCCCCGACCACUUCCAGGCAAAGACGGUUGCCUGGGAAGACAAUGUACCGUACGGCGACUACACGAAAGCCGAGGUGUACCCAGGACGUGUUGAUGCAUACCAGGACCUGUGGGUGUGCAGUGUGUGGAACAUGAUGCGAUGCUCUCGCAUUGUUUUGGCAUCAAUAAUCGUCCGAUGUGCAGCUUGGAUCUCGUCCCCAGUUGACUAUCGGACGACACCCGAAUACGCCACAGCCGCUCGUACUUGCGUCGAUACCAUCACCGACAUCAUCGCAUCCGUGCCGUACCAGCUGGGCUGGUUUUCGAAGCGGAGGGAUCUCCUGGAGCGGGCCAACUUCUCUUCGGGCUUCGGAUGCGGCGAAGAAGAUGCGCAGAAGGGCCUGGGUGGCUAUUUCAUGACCUGGCCCCUGGCCCUCAUCCACGGGCAAGACUACAUUACAGACUCCCAGCGAGCGUGGGUUCAGGGCCGCCUCGAGUACAUCGGGGCGCAGCUGGGCGUUCGCUAUGCGCACAUGCUCACCCAGCUCAACGUCCGGAUUCCAUCCAUGCUGAUCCGUCGAGACGGACUGGUAGCCAACCCGUAUCCGCAGGCGCAUGACUUUCAGAAGCUGCUCUCGGGCAAGUUGUCUCCCGCAGCAGCGGGGGCUGGGACGAGUAACCCCCUGCACCAGCGGGAAGUGAUGCAGCGGGAAACGAUACAACGUCAAACGGCCGAGCUGGUGAGCAAGGCCAUGGGGACAUCCGGCAAGAUCGACGAGUGGACGGCAAAAACGUGGCUGCAGCUGCAGCAUUUCACGACAACGACGAUUUGA